UUUAUUGUACUUAUAUUUCGCAAAUAAUAUUUGUCUGCAAAAAGUUAAGCAUUUAAACAAUUUAGUUACUGGUGUUAUGUGUGAAUGUUAAGAGUAUAAAUCGAAACCAUGGCGAGGACGAAAGCAUCGGUAGGCGCGAAAGUGUCAUCUGGUAAAAGUAGCAAAGCGAGAUGCAGCGCAGCUCCACCAAGCAGUGUACCUUCCACAAGCAAUGGAGAGAAAUCUUCCAGGAGCUACAGUGGUGGUAACUCCGUAUGCCCUCGAGAGACUCCCAAAUGGCAGAAACCUAUCACAAACUUCUUUAUAACGAAUCAGAACACUGAAUCGGACAGUGAUGUAGAGGAUAGCAAUGAUGCUAGCGCGAGCAGUUCCAAGCCCAAACCAAAACGCAACAUUAUAGAAUCAGACGAUGAAGAUGAACAAGCAACCAAACCGAUAAACAAAGAGCUCGAUGAAACCAUCGAAUUAGAGCCACUCACAGGCGAAGACAGUCACAAAAUUGACGAAUACUACGCUACCAAAGACAAAGGGAAGGGAAAGGGGAAAAAGACGGUUGAUAAAGAGAAUCUUGAUAAUAACGUCAAAAGGAAUUCCGUGAAACGGGACUUAGAAGAAGAUACCAAUGUUGAAGAUAGAGAGCAUGUCACUAAGAAGAUCAAAGUAAAUUAAAGUCCAUUCGUAUGGAAUUCUGACUUGCUCUGAAAAUUUAAUUAUUUGUGUAAUGUUGUCGAUCAAUGACAGGAGUAAAGAUAAAUGAACCGUGAUUGUCAUGAAAUUGGUCGAGUUCUAAAUUAUCUGUGGUCUUUAUAUCUGUGAAGUUGUUGCAAGUAAAACUAAAGUGUAUAUAAGUAUUUGAGUGUAACAGUGUCGUGUUAUAUAUAGAGAUAUAUUGAUCGAGAACUGUUUGUGGUGUACAAUACAGCCGAGCUGGUAGCGAAUCACAUGGAAUUUGUAAAUCUAAGUUUUGUUUAUCUUUACUCUUGUUAUUAGAUUUUAAUGUUACAAAAAUAUUUGAUUCAUUGAUUUUUAGUCAUUUUGAUUAUUUCUGGCAAAUAAUUGUGGCCUUUAAAAGAGCUAUAGAUCUUAUUAUUCAAGUUGUUUUUGAAGAGAAAUUUACUUGGUGGUAUCACCGCCUUAGAUAUUCUACCGCCAAACACCAAUACUUCGCAUUGUUGUGUUCUGGUUGGAAGGGUGAGUCAGCCAGUGUAAUAAUAACCAGAUAGUGUAAUAAUAAACCACAGACACAAUACAUUGGCGAUAAAAUAAAGUUGUUAAUAUUUCUCACAUCGCCAAUGUAGCAGUGGGGACCACUUACCGCCUAUGUCUUAAAAAAGAAAUAUGUGAAGCAUUCACUGGGACAGUAUUCAAUCUUAUUUUAAAUACAGGGUGACAGUUAAGUAAAUAAGAAUAGCAUAUUUCUAGAUAAGCAGUACUUUUUUUUUAAAGUAAUACAUUUGACUUUUCUCUUUCUUAACGGGGAAGUUAUUCCAUCACUAAAGGAGACAUGCCACAGAAUUUUAUGCAACACAAGAAAGUUUCUUUAAGUAUUAAUAGUUUAAACAUUAAGAAACACCAUUGUGGCAAAAAAAAUAUCUACAAAUGAUUUCCAUUUGAUGAAACAAGAUGAAGCUUCGAGACAUUUUUAUGUUUAUAGGUGUCACACAGUGAUUAAAACCGGUAUGAACCAGUUUGCACCAGUUUUCACCGGAUACCAGUGACUGUAACCAUUAAAAGUAUAAUUUUUUUACUAAUUAGUUCAACUUCCACAUUCCAUUUUAGUAUAUAUGUGAAAACUUAUGUCGCUGUUGAGUUAGGAAUAAUUGUUUCUAGAUGAUUUUGAUGAAAAAUGUUAUUAUGAAGAUGAGGCUUUACGGAAUCCACGAUUAAGAUUGUUGAAUUUAAAGUUAAGCUCAGAAUUUUCAAGUGGCAAGUAAUUUGUGUUUAUGUUUCAACUCGUGGAAAUAGUUCGUUAAGGAAAAACAUCUUGAUAAGCAUAUGUCUGAUUUCAAUGAAAUUCUGCCACACGAGGCACCAACUCGCAUUGAUCAGUGUAGUGGUUGGGCACACCGGAACAUUCAGACAAAUUAUAUUUAUCAAAUGAAAUUACGAGGCUGACAGCGAAACGGAAUGGAAAUAUUUAUCUGCUAACGGUACACCAUUACAAAUGCAGCGAUGUCACCAAUCUGAUUUAGCUGUUUUUUGUUGCCAUGUUGAUUGUGUUAUCGCCACAAAAAACCUUCAAUAUGUCGGCGCUUUAUAUAUGUUCGAACUUUCCAGAAAUGUGAUUUAAAAUUAGUUCUAUAUUGUUACCUUUAUAUUUAAGUAUUAAUUAAAUGUAUUCGAAGCGAAACU